CUGUGUCGAUUCUCGACGUUUGGCUUGUUCAGUACGAGCAUCGUUAUCAUAGAAUGGGCUGAAUCUGCGUCUUUUUGUGCUUGGCUUUCGCGGUGUUUUCUUAGAUGAAUAAUUGUGUUUUUGCGACCGGCAUUUCUAAUCGACCCUGGGCUUUCUGCGCUGCAGCUGGCACACCAUGCGAUCCGAGGAAACUCCGCGUUUCUCCCACUUUUCCUGUCGAACCCAAAAGGUCACCACCUCCUCCUCAUGGGAGGGGCUUCUUUUGGGGCAGUCUGUCCAGUCCGACAUCAAAGGAUCGGACAACGACACUUGGUGGAUCGACAUUCGUGAUGCUACCGAGGAAGACGUCGUCACCGUCUGUCAGGCACUGUCAAUUCAUCCCCUGACCGCAGAGGACAUUGCGACCCGGGAGUCCCGUGAGAAGAUCGAAGCGUUUCGGAACUACUAUCUGAUCUCGUUUCAGACUCUGCUGGCUGGCACUGACGAAUCAUCGUCCAUCCCCGGCUCCACGGGAUUCUACAUUCUGGUAUUUAAAAAUGCCACGGUGACAUUUUCGCCCAGUGGAUGUGGCCAUAUUUCCCAUGUCCGGGACAGGAUCCGCCGGACUCAAGAGACUCAUAUGGUAACGAGCGAUUGGAUUUGCUAUGCAUUGAUUGACGACAUCGUCGACAGCUUCGAGCCAUACAUGCGAGCCGCCGAGCGCGAAGCCGACGCCAUCGAAGACCAAGUCUUUAUCGUCCGAGUCGACGACGUCAAAUCGCUCAUUCCCCAAGUCGACAGCCUCCGCAAGAACAUCACCCAGCUGACUCGCUGUCUCAGCGGAAAAUACGAUGUCUUGAACGGCUUCGUCAAGCGCUGUCAGGCAAAGAACCGAAACCCGAUGUUCCCGGACGGCGAUCUCAUCGUCUACCUGGGCGACGUGCAGGAUCAUCUGGUGACCACGCUGACGAGUCUAUCACACUUUGAUGAGAUUGUGGGCCGGUCGCAGUCGAAUUUCCUGGCGCAGCUGAGCGUGAAUAAUAUCCGGUUGAGCUUUGAUAUUAACGCCGUGUUGAGUAAGGUGACGGUGCUGGCGACGAUCUUUGUGCCGUUGAAUAUGGUGACGGGGUUGUUUGGGAUGAAUGUGCAGGUUCCGGGGCAGGAUGAUAGUCACAACUUGGCGUGGUUUUUUUCGAUUGUGGGGUGUAUGCUUGCGUUUGUAUCGAUUGCUUGUUGGGUUGCUAAGCGGUUGCAGCUGCUGUAGGUAUCUCAUGCUGGAAUAGUCAUAGUCAUAGUAAACUUGGGAUGGGUGACCCGGUACCAAUGUAGACAUAAGUUUGGACCGUUUAUCAUUCUGCACUAUCAAGCGAUCGAGGUGUGCUUUUUGGCUGUCUCUAUCUCGUCUUAUCAACCCCUGCAAGUCAUCAAUCAUCACGAUAUUAAUCAUACGCUAUCAUAUCCUCGUCUGACUGAUAAUCUAAUAUCUAAU